UACUUCCAAGAACAUUCCAGCUGUCAGAGGGGACUGAGGUGCACCGACAUGGACUAAACACAGCUCGUUUCUUUUUAUACACACAGCUGUACGGGUUUACAUCUGUUCUCUUUACAUCGUUGGUGAGUUAUCAAGAAAUCCCUCUGUUUGAAAUUCUACCUCAGCCUGAGUCUCUGUGAAAGUUACCGGUCACAAGGGGACUGUGAGACCCAGGUACCGCCCUCGUCCUCGUCCUCUUCCUCAUGCCAUGCCGAAGAGUGACACUUGGCCAGGCGGCGUUGCCAUGGAACCCUCGAGUAAUUUAGACAGUGCUGGGAGCCGCGACAGUGUAAUCAGCAUGAACUCUGGCUAUAGUGAAGACAGUAUGGAGCACUUAACAGCAGAAGAAAGAGCGUGUAUCAUGUAUCUGGAGGAGACAAUUGAAGCGUUGGAGGUGCAGGAGGACAGCGGCUUUUCAAACGAUGAACCAGAAGCUGGAUUACAGGCAGAUAAAACAAGUCACAUGAGAGUAAAUGACAUUUCCAGUUUCAACACUGAUGAGUCUGGAGGAGCUUUAACCAACGGAGACAAAGCGGGGCAUCACAUUUUACAAACUCCAGAACCAGCGUCCUCUCCUGCAUUCGACAGGAAAGAUCUGAACACAUCCAUGAACCUCAUCACUCAACUCAACCCUCCAGACACAGAAUCAGUCACCGAUGGCAACAUUCACAGUGAGUUGUGCAUAUCCACGGAUGAGGAUGGUACACUAAAGAUUGUCCCAAGUGACAGUCUUUCCCGCGGUCCGUCCACUGGGGCCCCUGAGACAGAUGUGGGUGUGAUCCCUCCUCCCUCAGCCUUCAUGGAUGAGCCCUUUAAGCCUCCACAGCCACAGAAAGUGAACUACCUUCCUCCACCUGCAGGAAUACACAACCACCAGCCAGGAGGAACUGUUGACUUGGAGGCGCUACGUCGAAGAUCCACUGAGAAGAGGUCUUCACAGAGGUCGCCUGUGAACAAGGAGCCUCCAAACAGUCCUCCAGAGCUGAGUCUACCAGCCGUCAGCUCGGGUCCCCCGUUAAGUCUUCCCCCGUUAAGUCUUCCCCCGUCAAGUCUUCCCCCGUUAAGUCUUCCCCCGUCAAGUCUUCCCCCGUCAAGUCUUCCCCCGUUAAGUCUUCCCCCGUUAAGUCUUCCCCCGUUAAGUCUUCCCCCGUCAAGUCUUCCCCCGUCAAGUCUUCCCCCGUCAAGUCUUCCCCCGUUAAGUCUUCCCUCGUUAAGUCUUCCCCCGUUAAGUCCUCCCCCGUUAAGUCCUCCCGCUGAGGCCGCUGAGCCCAGAAGUCCCCCUGCUGUGGCCCCUAGGCCCAAGAAGCUUCCUUCCAACAUUAUUCUCAAAUCACACAAAACUGGCUAUGACGGCAGCUCUGGAGCUUCGGUGUCCACUAGCAGUGACUGGCAUUUGUCCGACCCCCAGAGGGUCCGCAUUGAAGCCCUACGGAAGCUCGGCCUGCUGCCUGCUGAGGCAGAUUCAGGCCCUGCCCAGAGUCCUUCACUUUCUCCCAGAACCAGAAAGUCAUGGGCAGCUCCUCCUUCUCCAAGCAGCUCAGCAGCUCCAAAUACACCACCCUUGACUCCAUCUUACAUCCGAGUCCACAGCCCACCUCCUGCCUCCGCUCCUCUCCAGUCUCCUGCAGCUGAGCCGACAGCAGCUCCUUCUACAGCUGCUGAGGUCCUCCUAGUGCCUGCUGCUUUCAGUGAUUCACUCGAGCCUCCUCCGUCGGAUAAUAUACUCUCUGCUGUCAACACGCCCCCUCGUACCCCUCCUGCCCUGGUAAAGCAUCUAACCCCACCAAAAGCCUUCAAAUCCGCCUCCCUGGAGCGUUCUUUACCUGGCCUAAGCAGCUAUAUGGCGAGCCAAGAAUCCAACAAGGCGGGAGGGGAUCAGAGCCCCAGUCAGCUACGUAACAAUCGUCCUCGUCCCGCCUCUCUGGGGAGUGGGAAAGAGUUCAUUGCUGCUCAGAGAAAUGGUUUGCAUCCAGGCCGUGUCAUCAGCAAAGAGCCGGACUUACGGAAGUCCCUGCAGGCCCACAAUGCCUUUCAGCACACCGGAAGCUCUCAGAAGCUUCCUCGAUCGCAAGGCAUCAGCGUGCUGAUCUGCCCGAGGUCAGAAAACGAAGAAGACCGCCGUGACGCUCUGAAGAAGCUGGGGCUGAUCAGGGACUGAGGAAUCAAUUUUCACACUUACUUACUAACUGCCAUGGUAUCCCUCAGAUCAUAUAUUUAAAGGAACACACCAGAGAUUCAUACAUGAUUGAUAAAGGCAUUGAAAAGACUUUCGGGAAGCAUCUUAACCACAUAUUUAUGCUCUUUCCUUUUUACUUCAUCAUGCACGAGACUGACUCGCAUGUCUUGCAUUCAUUGGCCGCGCUUGCAUCUACUAUUAUUGGACAGCCUUAUGUACAGUGUUUUAUUUCUCAUAAAACUGCCAAUCAAGACGUUUUUUAAUACACACUGACUUACUUUAGCUGUGGUUUUGUAAAUUAAAAAUACUGUUAAUUUUAAAAAGGGAUUGAGUUAUCUGAAAUUGUAAUAUGUUUUUGUAGUCUACAUGUAUAAACAUUUGUGUAUGUCUGUCACAUGUUGUUCUUUACAGUGACACCACUGUUAGAGGUUAGUUCCUCUCUUUGUUCUCCUUUUUAGAUACUCUCAAAUGUCACCUUUCUUCACUUUCACUUCCUAAAAUUCUUCAGAUUGUUGCUUUGUUGGCUACAGGAACUAGCUAAUAUUUAGGUGUUUGUGUGUUUAACAUGAGCUGCAUUGACCCUGUAUGGCUCAGUGCAGCGUGUCAAAGCAAAGGAUUUUACAUUAUAAUUGAAGGGUGUUGACUAAAUGAAUAAAAAAAAGUAGAAAGCAUGUAUAGCUAGAACAUACCUUGGCGUAACUCAAAGCACGCAAUAGGCCGGCGGCCACUAGGUGAUAAGAAUUUGAAACACGCCGCUUUUGUGGUUGCUUAGUGACACACAUGGAAAAACGUAUGAGCUUUUUACACAGCGGAUUUAUGUGGUGUCAAUUGUUGACCCCAAAACUUUUAUUAGGUGCGCAUGUUAUAUAUUUUUUGAACAUACACUGUCCUUUCAUUGCCUUCAAGUCACAAAUGUACUUUAUUUACAUUUCUAACAUAUCAUUUUCCUCUGGUGGCAUGUAAAGAAUUGGCCCUCAUAAGUCAUGUGAAAUCUCAAAACAGACAGAUGUUUUCUGGCUCAGCUUUAACACCUUUUAUCUGAUGUGAUAGAGAGAGAACUGGUACAACCUGUUCCCGCCUCCAAGUUUAGACUUAUGCAACACCUUUGCUGCUCUUGGUGGCACAUUUACAAGCACGCAGUACCUCUGGAAAUCAUUUUAUCACUGCUGCAGGUCUUUCAGAGAUAAAUAGAUUUGCUCUAUUCUCUAACACGGUGUUAAGGUCACCUACUGCUGUGAAAAUUAAGCUCAAUUUAAAAGUCAACUCUUAAUAGGUAUUUACAUCAUGAGACAACUGCACUAUGGAGUGUGUAGAGAAACCGGCAAAAGUGUUUGAAUCAACACAUUUUGUCCAUUAUAGGACCAUAAUAUUGACCUUUCGGACAGUGUUGAAGGCCUGCC